AUGAUCAAGAAGAAGCUGGAUUCCCAAAUUGGUCAAUUGCACGAUGUAUUGAUGCCAUCAUUACGUACUGAAUGUGAGCUUGAGGUGCUUCGAAAGGAAUGUGAUCGACAACGGCAUCAUAAGUCGGAAUUGGCCGGCCGUAUUCAACAAAUUCAGCUGCUGGGACGGAAUAUGCGUGGGGUCGAGCAUGACCGUUUGUGGAAUCAGCUGGAAGCGGAAAUUCAUCUUCAUCGUCACAAAACCGUCAUCCGAGCGUGUCGGGGUCGAGGUCAAACGAAAGGCCUUCCUACACCGCCGAUGAAUGAAUGCAGUCAACCGAUGAAAAGGAGGCGAGGAGUCGGUGACACUAGGAAAGUCGUCCUGGCUAAACAACCGCACGAAGGACUAGGAAUAUCGAUUACG